AUGGCCGACUAUGGCAGUGUCGAAGAGGAAGAGCAUCGCAAACAAUACGGCCAACCUUACACGGCGAAGCAUCCUGUUCCAACUGUACAGAAAUACCGACAUGAGGUACAAGAGCGGCGCAAUGCACCUGACCAACAACAAGAAGAUGAAGGUGAAGUUGACGACAAACUCAGGCGAGCAUACGGUUCAGCGAAAGCCAUCUUGACGGGACAAGAUGCGCCUGGAGGAGACAAAGAUCCAUACCCAAGUGCCAAUCGCAACAUGCCCAAUGUGCCCCAGAACGAGCAGGACGGGGGAAGACACUUCGAGCAAAAUGGAACUGCUUCUGACUCGAGAGAAGAUACGGACAGGAAACAGGCAGGAGGCGGACGUGCGAACGAUCAUAGGUCGGAUAACCACCAGGCGCCGGGUACCCAAGCGGGUGGCGAUUCAAAAAAAGAGAAGAAGUCCAAACCCCAGAACAAUCAAUCUGCAACGGAGAAUGCAGCGAAGGAGAGCGACCCACGGAAGAAGCAACAGGCCAUGAAAAAGCAGAAGCGAGAUGGCGGCGGCAGAGAAGUGACAGAUCCUGUCACACAUCUUCCAAUCACCAUCUAUGACUCCACGGAGAAAGACCUCAAGAGGACACGAGAAAACUAUCCUACCACUGGAGCGGUCGCUCGCACAUUCACUGGCUUGAGUGGAGCAACGAAGGAUCGGGAACAGCUGGACGAUGAGCAGGAUGAGCUGCAACGAGUGCAUGACGGCACGCAGCAGCUUUUCCCCCCUCCCUCUUACCAAGAUGCAAAGGCGGAACUGGCGAGGAUCCACCAACAGGGCUUCACUGCCGGCAUCGGUAUGGUCGGCGUUAGUGCCGUCCUUGCCGCUGCGGCAGCUCAAUUGUUCGCCCAUUCCGAGUCGUCCUGGCGCUCCCCAGCCCUUGUGACAGCACUCCUGGCUGCAGUCGGCUGUGCCGCCUCGGUGGUAUUCGUGCGGAGAUGGAUGUCUAAAAAGGUCCAGGAUCUAUGGGAGGAUGAAGUUUGGGAUGCAUCGAGGCAGCGAGAGGUUGAAUCUCAUGAAUCUGAGAAGGUCGUUCCAGAGUCUGUUGCGUGGAUGAACAGCAUGCUCAGCUCCGUUUGGCCUUUGAUCAACCCUGAUCUUUUUACUUCGCUUGCAGACAUGCUGGAAGAUGUCAUGCAGGCUUCCAUUCCAAGCAUCAUACGCAUGGUGAGCAUUGACGACCUCGGCCAAGGGAGUGAGGCUAUCCGAAUCUUGGGCAUUCGUUGGCUACCGACUGGUGCUGCAAGUCAAUCUGUGGAUGAAGAUGGAAACCUCAAGUCUCCUGACGAUCCGGGUGAGAACGAUCGAAAGGUUCCCGGUGAAGGAGAGCAAGAACAAGAUGGCGACAAGGACAACGAAGGGGAGCAGGGUGGCGAAGACCUGCAAGAGGGCUUGGAAGCCGAACAGGGCGAUUUCGUGAACAUGGAGCUGGCAUUCGCUUACCGUGCGAGGUCCUCGGGCAAGUCUUUGAAGGCAAGAGCCAAAAAUGCGCACCUCUACCUCAAGUUCUACCUUCCUGGCGGUAUCGCAGUGCCUGUCUGGGUGGAAACCAAAGGUGCCGUUGGAAAGAUGCGCUUGCGCCUUCAGCUCACCCCCGACCCACCGUUCUUCAGCCUGUGUACCCUGACCUUUAUGGGCCAACCCAAGGUGGACGUCAGCUGUAUUCCAAUUUCCAAGCACGCGCUGAACAUCAUGGAUGUGCCCUUGAUCUCAUCAUUUGUGCAAAGCUCAAUUGACGCAGCGCUGGCCGAAUACGUUGCUCCCAAGAGCCUCACACUGGAUCUCAAGGACAUGCUCGUCGGAGAUGACUUCAAGAAAGACACAGUCAGCAAGGGCGUGGUCAUCAUCUUGAUCAAAAGAGCUCGUGGCUACAAAGAAGGCGAUACUGGCAUCGGACCAAUGGAAGGCUCAAGCGACACCUACGCCACAGUUUCGUGGGGCAAGUUCGGCAAGCCCGCAGCUUCAACCCGUGUCAUUGUGGACGAUCAGGAGCCCGAUUGGCAUGAAUGGAGCAACAUCCUCGUUUCUCCGGAAGAGCUCAACGCAGAAGAGAAACUACGGGUCCAGAUCUGGGAUUCCGAUAAAUUCACAGCCGAUGAUGAUUUGGGACGCGUGGAAGUUGAUCUUCAGGAGCUGAUGCACAGCAAAGACUCCCGCAACCGGAUGUGUGAUCGUGAAGAUAGAUUUGUGGGUGAAGAUCCCGAUGAAAAGAUGCCUGGUACCUUGACCUGGAGCGUGGGUUACUUUGCAAAGACCACAAUAACCGAGGAUCAACUCGCUCGACAGGAGGUCAAACCCGAUAUCAAGAAGGUCGAAGAUCUCCAGAAGGAAGCGGCCGAGUCGGCCGAGCGGAAGUUGAGAGAAGCAAGAUCGCACCAGCAAGAACUCGACCAGCAAAAAUCACAGGACUUUAAGGAGCUACAGGAUCAGCUCCUCAUUGCUUCGCCCCCUCCUGAAGGCUACCCGAGCGGCAUUUUCAGUAUUCAGAUCCACAACAUUACAGGCUUAGAAGUCCAGCAGCUACAGAAGCGCGAGAAGGACGACGACGGCGAGCAAGAAGACCAGGCCGAUCAAGCCGAUGACCUCCCAAGCAGUUAUGCCACCAUCAUCAUCAACCAUCAGAAAGUCUAUCGGACGAGAACAAAGCCAAAGAAUGCAAAGCCAUUCUUCAAUGCGGGGACGGAAAGAUUCAUUCGCGACUGGAGGAACACGGAGGUCAUGGUGAGUGUCCGUGACGAUCGCGAGCGCGAGAACGAUGCUCUUCUGGGUAUGGUGUAUCUGCCCUUACGCAAGGUGUUUCAGAAUAAAAGCCAGGUCAUGACGUCUUAUCCAGUAGCCGGCGGUAUGGGUUACGGCCGCGUCAGAAUCAGUAUGGUGUGGAGAAGCGUCGAACUACAGUGGCCGAAAGAGCUCCUCGGUUGGAACUAUGGUACUCUAGAGGUCAAGAGUCCGAUCCACGGCUCAGGCCAGCUGGAGAAUUGGAAGCUCAAGCUGCGGACAAACAUAUCCUAUGGCAAAUUCCAUCAUCACGGUGAGCAAUGGGACGUGAAACAUGGCAAACCAAACCUGUUCUUGGCCGUCAAGAAGCGCUAUUCCAGUCCCUUGAUCAUCGAAUGUGGUAAAGGCAUGAUGGGGACAGAUCCACCUGCAUUUGCUGUGCUGUGGCUCAAGGACAUCCCGGAUGAAGAGGAGACCACAGUGAAGAUGAAGGUGUAUAAGACAAGCAAAGGCGCGAUGAAGAAGGCCACCACCUCGUGCCACUAUGAAGGCGAAGAGCUGGGAGAGCUUCAAGUCACGUUGAAGUUUUGGCGAGGCUUGAGCGGCUAUCACAAGAAGUACGCGAGCAAGGGGAAUAACACAGACAUGCGAAACGUGAUGGAAGUCCUGGACACUGCAGCCGACGACAGAGAUGACGGGGAAGGCGAGGACUCAAGUUAUGUCGAUUCCAGUGACGACGACGAUGAGACAAGAGAGAAGCUUAAGCCCCAUACAAAUCAAGACUCAUCCGACGAUGAGGACCAGAGUAAAGUCGACAAACUGAAUCCAAUCAAUAAGGUCAGCAAGAUGAUUGGAUCGAACAACGAGGAUGACGGGUCUCGAGGCGUUUUCGCGUCGAUCCGUGACUACAAGGAUCAUCAUCGGCAACUGCACAGAAAGCAUCGUGGCAUAAUGCAAUGGAAGGGAGCCCGAACCCUUGACUGGGCUGUGACCAAGUAA